AUGUCCACCGACUCAGAGAAGAUCACUGCGUGCGUCAACGCUUUGCGCGAUGUCAUUCGCACGAACUUUAUUCUCGUAGGCGGCGCUGCCGCCAACAUGCAAGGCCACGACCGAGUCACACAAGAUGUCGACAUUCUGAUCCGCGACCCGGCAAUUCUACACGAUCUCAAAGAUUUCGGCGGCUUCAAGUUGGUUGAGGGAAAGUUGCAUUAUGCUACGGUUCCAAUUGAUUUUCUGACCACCGUUGUCGGAACGCUCUCCUAUGACGAGGUUGAGCAAGCCGAGGCAGUUGAAUCCAUCCAGGGCAUCCGUUACCUAAAGCCGGACUUUGCGCUAGCAGCCAAAGUGAGGUGUGCAUAUCUUCGGCAGGAAGAUGAGAACGGGCUCAGCAAGCGACACUCUGAUCUUGAGGACGCAGUCUUCUGA